GUGACGUCACGCACCAGCAACGAGAAAAGGGGCCCCGCAAUGACGAGAUAAGCCUUUUCCCAUUUUUUUUUCUCUUUUCCCUUGGGGUGUCAGUUGCCUUUAAAUAACAGAAAGGCUCUUCUUAUGCUACACAUUUUUCUUCUUCGUCGUCGCUCUGCUGUUUUGUGCUUUUUCUGUUGUCUGAGAGGUUUUCCAAGCAGGAGAAUGGCUGGGUUUCGCCACUAGCGCUACGUGAACUUUCGGAGCGUUGGGAUAAUGGAAGCAUCCGGUGAAUUGUCGCGCUCCGACGUGACAGGAGAAGCAGAAAUCCCUGAAAAAGAGGAGCCCGGCGUCAUUCCAACUGCUUCCGAGGCAUCCUGCGUCAUGGGAUUAAAUAAGGGAAGCCUGGCGGAAACACCUGGGUCAGCGGCGGGCGGCGACGCCGGUGCCCCAGCGGGCGGCAUGGCCCUCAAGAUGGCCACGACUGUCCUGCACCCUGUUUGUUUGGGGGAGAACCCGCUGAUGCUACCCAUUCACCUUCAGAUGGCAGCAGCCACCGGGCCCCAACUGAGUCCGAUAGGGGCAGCGCCCUACUUACUAACGGGCCCCAACCAGGUUUCCCUCCCACUGGUCUUGGACCCAUCUGUGAUCCCACAGAACAACAUCCUGUGUCCCAAUCCUUUGACCUUCGUGGAGCAAAAGUCCGCAACGGUACCCCCACAGGACGCCAACCUUUUGUCUCUCCUUCAGAAUCCCGCCUUCGCCGCCAUACUGCAGGACCUUUUCCCACCACAAACCGGUCCCGUCCCUUGCCAACCACCGGGCUCCCCCUUCUUCCCGUCCCCCUACUCGUCCCCUCUUGCUCCGCUGGUCCCGCCCGCGACUCUUCUAGUCCCGUACCCAGUCGUCAUCCCGCUGCCGGUCCCUUUGCCGAUCCCGCUACCUAUCCCCGUCCCCCUGACGGAGGACUCCAAAAGCAACCUACCGAAAGCGGUCUGCACCGAAACCAAAAGCACUCAGACUCCCCGAGACCUGGAUUCGGUCCCGCAAAGCACGUCCCCUCAAAUUCUCGACCUUUCCAUGCGAGGAUCAUGCACCGUGGAACCGAAACAGGAGUACCUCGGUCCGCAGCAGCAGGACAGUGUGUUGGACUUGUCGGUGCCCGCCGCCCGGAAACAACGCGCCCCCUUACUUGGGUCUGCUCGGUCACUAGAACGCAGCGCCAGUCUAGACUCUAAUAUCCUGGGAAGUCUGGCGUCUCUGGAGUUCAGCCGGCAGCACAAGUGGAUGGUGGACGGCGGCGCUGGCGGAUCUGCCGCCCUAGGGCCGGUAGCGCCCAACCUGGAGAUCGUCAGCACCUCGCAGACGGCCAAAGUCAUCGUUUCGGUCAAGGACGCCAUCCCGGCCAUCCUAUGCGGGAAGAUCAAGGGGCUCUCAGGGGUUUCCACUAAGAACUUCUCCAUUAAACAUGACGGAACACAGGGGACGCCGUCUCAGCUCUUCGGGGUGCCACAGCCACUGCCUCCGCCCCCUCAGCACGGUCCCGACGCAUCCCUAAAGAAGGUCCCCGGUAAAAACCGAGCAAUCAAGCUGAAGAAAGUCAGCUCACAGGAGAUCCACUUCCUGCCAAUCAAGAAGCAGAGACUGGCGGCGCUCUUUCCCAGGAAGUAAGUGGCAACCCUGCCCUAAGAUUAACAAUCACUGGAACACACUGGUUACGCUAAAAGCAGGGUUGCUUCAAGUGCACAUUCAAGGGCUUUUCCUCUUUACGUACGCCUUACUUAUUACACAACCUUCUGAGCCAAGGCACAUACACUCCCAAAAAGCUAGGGACGUCAGGUGACUUUUCUUGAUGAACCUAUAUCAUCUUGACAGGUGAAAACCUCCACCUCUUCAGUGUUUUACCUCUUCCAAUUCCCGGAUAAAAUUGAGUUUGAGACCCCUGCAUUGGAGGUUUAGUUCAAUUUAGGUUCACCCAAAAUCCCAGUAAAUUAAACGUUGUUAAAUCCCAAGUGGGUUACAUUCUUCUCCAGCAGGGGACAGCAACCAGCGACUUUUUCAUCCCUGUAAUGUGUCUUUUAUAUGAAAAAAUAUUUGAUUAGAAUUAGGGCUGCAGCUAUCGAAUAGUAUUCGACUGAAAUCAGAUAAAACUUUUUUUUUAGGUAAGGAGCAAUUAUAAAUAUUAGGGCUGUCAAACGAUUAAAAUUUUUAAUCAAGUUAAUCACAGCUUAAAAAGUAAUUAAUCGUAAUUAAUCGCAAUUCAAUUCAAACCAUCUAUGAAAUAUGCCAUAUUUUUCUGUAAAUUAUUGUUGGAAUGGAAAGAUAAGACACAAGACGGAUAUACAGUUGUGGUCAAAAGUUUACAAACACUUGUGAAAAACAUAAUGUCAUGGCUAUCUUGAGUUUCCAGUUAUUUCUACAACUCUGAUUUUUCUCCGAUAGAGUGAUUGGAACAGAUACUUCUUUGUAACAAAAAACAUUCAUGAAGUUUGGUUCUUUUAUGACUUUAUUAUGGGUGAACAGAAAAAAAGUGAUCAAAUCUGCUGGGUCAAAAAUAUACAUACAGCAGCGCUAAUAUUUAGUAACAUGUCCCUUGGCCAUUUUCACUUCAAUUAGGCGCUUUUGGGAGCCAUCCACAAGCUUCUGGUUGAAUCUUUGACCACUCCUCUUGACAGAAUUGGUGCAGUUCAGUUAAAUUUGAUGGCUUUCUGACAUGGUCUUGUUUCUUCAGCAUUGUCCACAAGUUCUCAAUGGGACUUUGGGAAGGCCAUUCGAAAACCUUAAUUCUAGCCUGAUUUAGCCAUUCAAUUACCACUUUUGAUGUGUGUUUGGGUUCAUUGUCCUGUUGGAACACCCAACUGUGCCCAAGACCCAAUCUUCGGGCUGAUGACGUUAGGUUAUCUUGAAGAAUUUGAAGGUAAUCCUCCUUCUUCAUUAUCCCAUUUACUCUCUGUAAAGCACCAGUUCCAUUGGAAGCAAAACAGCCCCACAGCAUAAUACUGCCACCACCAUGCUUGACGGUAGGAAUGGUGUACUUGGGGUUAAAGGCCUCACCUUUUCUCCUCCAAACAUAUUGCUGGGCAUUGUGGCCAAACAGCUCGAUUUUUGUUUCGUCUGACCACAGAACUUUCCUCCAGAAGGUCUUAUCUUUGUCCAUGUGAUCAGCAGCAAACUUCAGCCGGGCCUUAAGGUGCCGCUUUUGGAGCAAGGGCUUCCUUCUUGCACGGCAGCCUCUCAGUCCAUGGAGAUGCAAAACACGCUUGACUGUGGACACUGACACCUGUGUUCCAGCAGCUUCUAAUUCUUGGCAGAUCUGCUUUUUGGUGAUUCUUAGUUGAAUCUUUACCCUCCUGACCAAUUUUCUCUCAGCAGCAGGUGAUAACUUGCGUUUUCUUCCUGACCGUGGCAGUGACAAAACAGUGCUUGCACUUUAUACUUACAAACAAUUGUUUGCACUGUUGCUCUUGGGACCUGCAGCUGCUUUGAAAUGGCUCCAAGUGACUUUCCUGACUUGUUCAAGUCAAUGAUUCGCUUUUUCAGAUCCAUGUAUGUAUAUUUUUGACCCAGGAGAUUUGAUCACUUUUUCUGUUAACCCAUAAUAAAGUCAUAAAAGAACCAAA